CGGGGCUUUGCUCUAGUGGGCGGGACUACAUCACUUCCUCGCGCAGUGGGAUAAUUUUCUGGUCGCUGCUAGCCCGUAACUUCUCCUCUCCUCCGGACGCUGUCAGUUUUUAAGCUAAGCUUCCUUCAACAUGUGUGCGAGGAUGAAGCCGUGUGGACGGUGAGCGCGGCCCUCGGCUCGGUGUUUCCCCGGCUGCAUGGUGCUCUCCGACGUCCGGGGUUGCGGUUUGGCCUCCAGCCGCGGCUGCGAAUGAACUUCGUUUCUCAGCGUCGCCCAGCUCUGUUUAUUUUAUAGAAAUGGCGGUGUGGGGGACACUGUGAACUAAAUGACUGUCAGAAACAUCGCCUCCAUUUGUAAUAUGGGCACCAAUGCCUCCGCUCUGGAGAAAGACAUCGGCCCAGAGCAAUUCCCGAUCAACGAGCACUACUUCGGAUUGGUCAACUUCGGGAACACGUGCUACUGCAACUCGGUGCUGCAGGCCCUCUACUUCUGCCGGCCUUUCCGGGAGAACGUGCUUUCCUACAAAGCCCAGCAGAAGAAGAAGGAGAACCUGCUCACAUGUCUGGCUGACCUUUUCCACUCCAUCGCCACGCAGAAGAAGAAAGUGGGGGUCAUCCCGCCCAAGAAGUUCAUCUCCCGGCUACGAAAGGAGAAUGAUCUGUUCGACAACUACAUGCAACAAGAUGCACACGAAUUCCUCAACUAUCUGCUGAACACGGUGGCGGACAUCCUGCAGGAGGAGAAGAAGCAGGAGAAGCAGAAUGGGCGCCUGAAGAACAACGGCACGGCUGUCACCGCCGAGGCCGAGAUGGAGAACAAAACGGAGCCCACAUGGGUUCACGACAUCUUCCAAGGCACACUGACCAAUGAGACGCGGUGCUUAAACUGUGAAACAGUCAGCAGCAAAGAUGAGGACUUCCUGGAUCUUUCUGUGGACGUGGAGCAGAACACAUCAAUAACACACUGUCUCAGGGACUUCAGUAACACAGAGACUUUGUGCAGUGAAUACAAAUACUACUGUGAAACAUGCUGCAGCAAGCAAGAAGCACAGAAACGGAUGCGAGUGAAGAAGCUUCCUAUGAUCCUGGCGCUACACCUGAAGAGGUUCAAGUACAUGGAGCAGCUGCACCGCUACACCAAGCUCUCCUAUCGGGUGGUUUUCCCUCUAGAGCUCCGCCUCUUCAACACAUCUGGAGACGCGGUAAACCUGGACCGCAUGUACGACCUGGUGGCAGUGGUGGUUCACUGCGGAAGCGGCCCCAACAGAGGUCAUUACAUCACCAUAGUGAAGAGCCACGGCUUCUGGCUUCUGUUCGAUGACGACAUAGUGGAGAAAAUCGACGCCCAGGCCAUCGAGGAGUUCUACGGACUUACCUCGGACAUUUCCAAGAACUCCGAGUCGGGAUACAUCCUCUUCUACCAGUCGAGGGAGUGACGCCGGUGCCGGGUCGGCGACUGAGAGAAGACUGAGUUACUUUUUAUUUACUUAUUUAGGAUAAGAGACCCAGACGUUCCACAUCCACUCCCUGCUCCUCCCCACCUCUCUGACAUGUGUGCCAAUUCUCUUCUGGGUGUUUUUCUUUUUCGUUUCGUUUUUGUUUCAUCUCUCCUUCUCCUUUAGUCUUUUAGUCACCUGCAUCUGGACUGCACUUUACUAAGGAAAAGCAAAAACGCUCAGCACCGUGGCGUUGCUGCUGGGAGCCGCCUGCAGACGGGGAAACCUAGUAGCCUGGGGUUCUCCUGCAGACGGUGGUCAGGAACUGAACCAUAUCAGAUUUAAUUAUGUAAGGUCCAUCAUGUGCCACCCAGUCAUGUUUCCUCUCAUUGGGGCUAUUUCUGUUCCCUAUUUUUCUGCUACUUUUAAGCGACUGGAUGAAGCUGGAGACAAACACUGUACGAUCUGCAGAGAAAUCUCAACCGGAAGCAAUAUCUGAGCAUUAAUCCGAAACCACCGAAGCUGUAAAAUAUUAGCCAACAAUCAGAACCUUCGACACUAACUGAGCCACAAACUCUAAACACUACACCUGCUUUUUAGAGACGCGCCAAUCAGGCGCUUCCGUGCCGAUACCGAUCAGCUCUGAUCCGCUGUUGACCAAAUCAAAUUUUGUGAUACAAGACUUGGGAGAUGUUUAAAAA